AUGCCGGCUCUGGAAGACCCCCCGGACGGAGGUUGGGGGUGGCUGGUGGUCGUCGCUGGCUUCCUGGCCAACUCGCUCACUUUUGGCAUUCUACGAUCCCUCGGCGUCCUCUUUGAAGACCUCGUGGAGGCUUUUCAGGCCACCGCAGCCCAGGUGUCCUGGGUGAUGGCCAUUACCUUGGCAACACAGCAGUUUGCAAGCCCGCUGGGCACAGCGGCUAGUACCCACUACGGAGCGCGUCCGGUGGUCAUGCUGGGGGGGCUCCUGUCUUCCUUGGGCAUCUUUGGGGCUGCGCUCAGCACCUCCUUAUUCCACUUAUACCUCAGCCUGGGGUUCCUGACAGGUUUGGGCUGGGCGUUAGCCUUCGCCCCCACGAUGGGCACUCUCUCGCGCUACUUCUCCGCCCGACGGUCCCUGGCCAUGGGUCUGGCCUUGACAGGGAACGGCCUGACCUCUUUUGCCCUCCCUCCCCUCCUGCGCCUGGCGGCUGACCACCUCGCCUGGCGAGGAACCUUGCUGGCUACUUCUGCCCUGACCCUCCACCUGCUGCUCGGCGGGGCGCUCCUUCGGCCCCUGGCCUUGCGGGGAGACCCUCCCAAGUUGUCCUCCGUCUUCGACGUGGGUCUCUUCGCCCAGAGAGGCUUUGGGGUGUUCGCCCUGGGCACUGCCCUACUAGCCGCUGGGUACUUCACCCCGUACGUUCACCUGGAUGCCUACGGACGGGCGCUGGGCAUAGAACCAUACCGCGCAGCCUUCGUGGUGUCGCUAUCCGCCUUAGCUGACGCCCUGGCACGGCUGCUGGCCGGCUGCGGGGCCGACCGGCGUCUCCUGCCCCCCGUCUACCUGCUGGUGGCCUUCAAUUCCUUGGUGGGGGUCGCCCUCCUCUUCUUCCCGGUCUCCACCUCCUACGCCAGCCUGCUCUUCCUGGCGGUGCUCUACGGCGCCAGUGCGGGCAGCUUCGCAACGGUGGCCUUCGGCGUCUUGCCCGAGCUGGUGGGCAUCAGCCGCGUCGUGAAUGCUACAGGGCUGUGCAUGAUGUCGAUGAGCAUCGGGGGUUUGCUAGGACCCCCGCUCUCAGGCUUCCUGCGGGACCAAACCGGAGACUUCACUGCCUCGUUCCUCAUCGGGGGAGCCUUUGUCCUCUCUGCCAGCCUGGUUUUCCUGGCCCUUCCCUCACCUUCCUCCGGUUGCCCCAGCUCCCAGGAAAAGGAGAUGCUCGGCGCUGUGGGGCAUCCAAACCCCCCCUGCCCCAUGCCGGCCAGGAGGCGUUUGGAAAUAUGA